AUGGCGACCAUCAUGGGCCCGCACGGCAUCGGCCGAGCCGUCCACCGGCUGGAGUUCUCCCACUGCAAGGGAGGACUGGGUGUAAAAAUCAUUGGCGGCUACAGAGAGCUGACGGGAGAGGACUUUGGCAUCUUCAUUAAGAGAGUCGUAGCGGGAGGACUGGCUGCUCUUGAUGGUCGACUUAAGUCAGGUGACCUGAUCGUUGAUGUGAAUAACAUCAGCCUGAGGGGCGUCACCAAUGAGAGGGCAGUGGAAAUCCUGAGGACGGCGUCGCUUUCCAAUCACAUGUCCCUGCUGGUUGCCAGGGAUGACGACUCUAGGCGGGAGUUUUCUGAGCUGAUGGAGAAAUACGGCUCCGGUCCAUUGGUGGCAUCAGGUCGGAUCUCUCCGACUCAGCAGUCUGCAGGGAAGCUGACAGACGCCGCCUCCUCAGCCUCCUCUUCUUCCGCGUCCGAGAGCCCGAAACUGCUCAGCCCUAAAGAGGGUGUCUCCAUCUAUAGCCAUACACCCGCCUUCAGCGACAGCGUGAUCCAGUUGAUCUGCAUCGCCAAGGGCAGCGGCCUGGGCCUGGUCGUCAAGGGUGGAGCCAACCGUGCCGAAGGCCCCAUGGUUUUCAUCCAGGACAUGGUGGCGGGAGGAGACUGCCAGAAGGACGGCAGGCUGCAGGUGGGAGACCAGCUGGUGUCCAUCAACAAGGAAUCGCUCAUCGGCGUGACGUACGAGGAGGCCAGAACCAUCCUGACCCGCACCAAACUCAGACCAGAUCCCACCGUGGAAGUGGCCUUCAUCCGUCGUCGGGCAUCAUCCGGCUCUAGCAGUGGUUCUCACAGUCCUGUCCCGGGGGGGAACCUGGUCCGGCCUGCAGGUCAGGCAGCCGGUCCCCUUCCAACGCCACCAGUUGUGGUCACAAAGCUGACCUCUAGCCGGAACCCAGCCAGUGAGACACUUCCGGCUGUCAACAUCAGCCAGGUCCGAGUGAGUCCAGUCAGAACCGAACGUGUGGGGGUUUCCUCUUCAACUGAGCCUGAUGCUAACGUGGGAGGCUGUCGUCUGAAAUUGGAGCAAGUAGAAAAAGCUUUGGACCUGCUGGGCCUGAAGCCCUCAGAUGCUCAACGCCAGGCGCUCUGGUCCCGACUGCAAGCGGAUCAAGCAGGGACUGUGGCCUACGCUGAUUUGGAGAACGCAACCAGGGAAGCAUUCAGGCCCCAGUCAGACGAGUCGGCUGCAACCCCGCAAGGGUCAAAGUUCACGUGCGAGGACCUGUUGAGUCUGCUGGAAGUUCCCGCUCGCCACCCGUCAACGUGUGAUUGGGACGACAUCGACGAGAUGGAGCGACUGAGGAAGGAGAACCUGGAGGCUCUAAGGGAGCUCAAGAGGUUACAGGAUCAACUGUUGGAGUCUCACAGAGUUCAGCAACAGAUGGAGCAAGAGAUGGACAAUAUGAGACAGGAAGCGAAGGCGGCGGCCGAGGAGACGCAAGCCUUGCGGGCGCAGAUCCAGCUGGCUGAGGAGGCCCAGAAGCAAGCUCGUGGGAUGGAGAUGGAUUAUGAGGAGGUGGUCCACCUGCUGGAGGCCGAGAUCGCCGAGCUGAAGACUCAGAAAGUCCCAAAACCCAUUAAUCCGCCUACUUUGAUGGACAAUAAGGAGGACAACGAGCAGCUGAAGAAGAAAGCGGCCGUGCUGGAAUGCCAACUGAGGAAGUGUGACGCUGCAAAAAAAACUUUCGAAAAGGCGACCACAAAAUUGCUCGCUUUUGUUGAGAAUGUUCAGGAGUUUCUGCUUGAAGGACUUGGACCAACCAAAAGCUUCAGUUGUGCCGACAUGAAAGCGAUGACUCAAGUCGGACCCUCGCGACACAAGAAGAGCUCGUGGACGGCGGCGGCCUUGGCGAAGGAGGCUAACGAAUUGAGUACUAGCGUCAGGAACAUCCUGGAAGUGGAGAUUCUUCCUUACGGAUGGGAGGAGGCAUACACAGACGAUGGCGUCAAAUACUUCAUCAACCACGUGACACAGACCACCUCCUGGAGCGUGCAGCCGGCUGUUGCCGUGACGACUGAAACGCCGACGCCCUUGGAGGCCGCAAACGACAAGCAGCAAAAACAAAUGUAG